UACCCCCCUCCCCUGCGAAGAAUCAAAAUACAUUCCUAGCAAGCCAGCUACACAAGUUGUCAAAAAGUUAUGCUUGUUUGUCAAGUGGAUAGACAAAAGAGUUUUUAUAAAAAUGGACGUUAUUCCAGUUUUAUUCUUACAUGAAUAGUAGAAAAUCUCCCCAUGUCCACAUAACCGGCAGUGGUGACAAGUCAUCUACGAAGAGUUGGAUUGUUGAAGCUAAGAAAGUCCUGGUAGCUAGCAACCGGGCCAGCCAGCUAACUAAGUUACUAGCUGACCUAAGCUAGUAAUGUCUCUAUCGUUACCACCAGCGGAUAUGCUUGAAACACCACCUGGGUAUCCCUUUGAAGAAAUCAAUUAUGAGGAUAUUGAAGUUGAGGAGGUGGUGGGGAGAGGAGCUUUUGGGGUCGUCUGCAAAGCCAAGUGGAAAGGAAAAGAUGUUGCAAUCAAGACUAUUGAGAGUGAAUCAGAGAGGAAAGCCUUUAUUGUUGAGCUCCGACAACUUUCACGUGUGAAUCACCCCAACAUUGUGAAGCUGUAUGGCUCUUGCAAUAAUCCAGUUUGCCUUGUGAUGGAAUAUGCAGAAGGUGGAUCAUUAUAUAAUGUACUGCAUGGUGCUGAACCCCUCCCCUAUUACACUGCUUCCCAUGCUAUGAGCUGGUGUUUACAGUGUUCCCAGGGUGUGGCCUAUCUCCAUGGCAUGAAACCAAAGGCUCUCAUUCACAGGGACCUCAAACCACCCAAUCUACUUCUGGUGGCAGGAGGCACUGUGCUGAAGAUUUGUGACUUUGGAACAGCAUGUGACAUUCAGACACACAUGACCAACAACAAAGGAAGUGCUGCAUGGAUGGCCCCAGAAGUAUUUGAAGGCAGCAAUUACAGCGAGAAGUGUGAUGUGUUCAGCUGGGGAAUCAUUCUUUGGGAGGUGAUCACCCGCAGGAAGCCCUUCGAUGAAAUCGGAGGGCCAGCUUUUCGCAUUAUGUGGGCUGUGCACAAUGGCACAAGACCACCUUUAAUCAAGAAUUUGCCCAAGCCCAUUGAAAGCCUAAUGACCCGCUGUUGGUCCAAAGACCCCUCUCAGCGGCCUUCCAUGGAAGAGAUAGUGAAGAUCAUGACUCAUCUAAUGAAGUACUUCCCAGGGUCUGAUGAACCCCUUCAGUAUCCAUACCAGUAUUCAGAUGAGGGACAGAGCAACUCCGCAACUAGUACAGGUUCAUAUGUAGACUACACUGGUAACAGCACAAGCUACAGAAACGAUGCGAACAUGGAGCACAGUGAUUCUCAAGGGAGCAAUGACACUAUUAAGAUUACGCCUCAGUUUGCACCUCAUUUCAAGCCAAAGGGAGACACAUUAAGAAAUGUGUCUCUUUCCAGAGGGGGCAGCGUUGAGAGUCUGUCAGCACGAACACAGUGCCCGUCUUCUUCUGACAGCAAAAGAAUUAGUGCUGACCUGUCAGAGUUGGAGACUAAGAUGCCGUUUGCACCCGCAGCAAACCCCCCGUAUAAGCGAGGCCACCGUAAAACUGCAUCAUUCGGAACCAUACUGGAUGUCCCCAAGAUCGUCGUUACAGCCUCAUGUGAUCCUCAGAGACGUCGGUCUGUACAGGAUCUGCCAGGCAUUGGCACAGAAUCCAGCCAGGGGAGUAGGAACAGCAGUCGAUCUUCCAGUCCAAGUGUGAGAAUGAUGCCGCCUGACAAGACAAGUGGCAGGGGCUAUUUCUCCCCCGAUGACCCCACAGAUACAAAUGGCUCAGACAACUCCAUUCCCAUGGCUUAUCUCACCCUAGACCAUCAGCUGCAGCCCCUUGCUCCCUGUCCCAACUCCAAAGAGUCCAUGGCUGUUUUUGAGCAACACUGCAAGAUGGCCCAAGAAUACCUGAAAGUGCAAACUGAGAUCGCCUUGCUAAUCCAGAGGAAGAAGGAGCUCAUUGCUGAACUGGACCAAGACGAAAAGGACCAGCAGAACACGUCCCGUCUGGUGCAGGAGCACAAAAAGCUGCUGGAGGAGAAUAAGAGUCUGUCCACAUACUACCAGAAGUGCAAAAAACAGCUGGAGCUGAUCCGGGUUCAGCAACAGAAGAGACAGGGCACGUCAUGAUGAGACGAAGAGACACAAACUCUGCCAACCCCCUCCCCCCACCCCACCCCCUCACCCUCCUCACCUCCACCCUCCUGCGCUCCUCAACAUUGCACUGCAACACUACCCAUCAUCUGCUCUGCACAUACACUGCUCCCAGUCCAGCUUUGGAAAGAGACCUCUAUUCUACUGUCUCCUGCAUGUUGCAUUGUAGACCCAACAGGAAGACCUUUGUCCCCUGUACAUACAUUUGCACAUCCUCACAGUGUCUUCUGUGAGCGCAGACCAAACAAUCACUGGUCCUCCAUUCAGAUGAGCCCAGACACUGCCGCUGCCGCCGCUGCGCUUCAGGACGGAGCGAGAUGGCCGACAUCUAUGAUCGAGACAACUUGCUGAUGAGACGCAGGUUGUGUUUUCUCUGUGUUUGCUCUCAGGGCCUGUGGGCUAACCAGUCAGUGUCUGUUUGCGCUCCUCAGUGGUUAACGGCCACACCAUCCUCCUCAGAAUGUGAAACUCAAAACAAAGGCUUUGAAGCAGAAUGUGCAACAAAAUCUUUCUGCAGUGCGUGCUAGGAAUCCCUGUUAUCCAAAUCAUAGCCCCUUUUUAAAUUCACCCCUUAUCUCUCCCCCUUUAAUUGUGAGCAUGAGCCUCUCCAUAGACCUCCAGUCAGAUGUGUCAGCAGAAGGAAGAGUUCUGUUCCUCAUGCUCGUGAAAAAUAUACACAUUAAAAAGUGGGCUAGCUUCCAGAGUAAACACAAGGAGCUGUGGUAUCCCUUCUUAUUUGACCUCAGUGUUGUUUUGCGUUUUGUCUUUUCUAUUCAGUAGUUCACUUUGUGUCAUUUGUUUGCAAUAGGACAUAUUUUAUCUGGUCUGUGAAUGGCCUAACGGACAAAAUAGAGGAGGGUCACCUCCCUAUACAGUAGAGGUUGUUUUUAGUUCACAUGUUGCCUUAGAAGUUGCCUGCAUUUUAAGUGCUUGUGUUAUGUGAUAUUUAGUGGGGAUAAAAGUUUUUUUUUUUUUUUUUUAAGAUAUUUUUGAUCUACUGAACAUGAAUGAAAUGAUAACGGAAAGAAGAGAGAUAGAUGUGUAUCGUUGAACUGAUAAUGUAAAUGUCUGCCACCAGCUUUAUUCCCAGGACUAUGAAAUGUACUUUUUUUUUUCUUGGUGUCUCACAUCCCGUAAGUAUUUUUGCACAGUUGCUAUUUAAUCAGGUUAUAUUCAAAUUGUAUUUCUCAUUAUACUGGUUCUGGUUUUAAACAUCCAAGACUCAACAACAUCUUUCUUUUUAAAUCCUCCUCGUAAGAUUGAAUUAUAACACACAUACACCUCUUUUUCGAAAUGUUUUCUAAGUUAUUGGGAAGGGGAUGCAGCAUAUGACAUCAAGGAAGGCAUUAUAAAAUAAAAUGGUGAAACGA